CGCCACCGUCGAGCGCGGCACCAUAAUAGCACGGCGCUUUCGAUCAGCCUCCGCCACCGGCACACAACCGCGCUUAAUCGACCACUACUCACAAACACGAGCACAAGUGCACAAGUAGAAGUAGCCGUAGUAGCGCUAGCAAUCGACCUGCGAGCGUACAGUGCAGUGGAGAGAUCGGUCGAUGUCGCGGCCGAGCAGGAGCGACGCGCACCUGUCCCCCGUGGACGAGGCGGUGCGGGUGGCGGAGGUGCGGGAGUACUACGACGACGCCGCGCCCAAGCGCCACACCAAGCCCUCCCGGAGCGAGCACUCCACCGUCUACACCGACGACGCGCUCGUCGACUCCUCCCACCCGGAGCUCGACAAGCUCCAGGAGCUCGAAGCCCACACCAAGAAACUGGUGCUCGAGGGCGGCAAGCCUGGGGAGGAGUUCGUGGAGACGGAGUACUACAAGGACCUCGGCGGCGUCGGCAAGCAGCACCACACGACUGGGACGGGCUUCAUCAAGAUGGACAAGCCCACCGGCGCCUCGUUCGAGCUCUCCGAGGACCCCGACGCGUCGGAGCGCCAUGCUUCUUGCAAGGGGAAUCCUGCCACCAACGAGUGGAUCCCGUCGGCCGACACGGUAGGAGGACAGACAGAUGAUCCUGGUUGUCUCUUCUUUUUACCCUGCACUCUUACCAUACAAGUCGCAAUUUCUGCACUUCUCAUGAUCCAUGAACGGGCGAUACGAUUCUGUUCGAGAACCCUCCGGCAUCCCUAAGCGGUAAUCAGGCAAAUGGUUUUCCUUCUUUCAGGUGUACCAGGCGUCAGACAAGCCCAGCAGAAGCGACAGCUGAGCUGAGGAAUCAUCUACAGCCAUCAGUUCACGAUGUGUAUGAUUUCCACCAGCGAAGAAGAAACCUCCCCGGUCAAAUUGGUUGGUCAUUCACAAACCCACGAAGCGUGCGUGUAUUUGCUAUUCGUUAUUCAGAUGAGAUUCUUGUGACGUUGUACUUAAUGAAGUUUGUGCGUCGAUUUCGAAACCUCUGUUGCGGUAUUAAAGCACGGUGUAAAAGUACAGGAAAUAAAGCGGUAUCAUGGUCCAAUUUUGUGUA